AUGCCCGCCUCUGGGACCUCCCAGCUCCUGCCUGGCCACCAGGAUGAGGGCGGCUUCAUCCCCAAGGACCGCCGAGCGGAGCUCUUCCUUUGGGCAAUGCCGCCUUAUGCCUUUCCAGGUACCUCAGCCAGCAUGGCUGUCUCUUUGCCACCCACCCUGGGACUCAAUUCCGCCCCAGAUGAAAUCCAGCACCCACAUAUUAAAUUUUCAGAAUGGAAAUUUAAGCUAUUCAGGGUGAGAUCCUUUGAAAAGGCGCCUGAAAAUGCUCAAGCGGAAAAGCAAGAUUCCUCCAAGGGGAAAUCCUCUCUAGAGCAGUCUCCAGCAGUCCUGGACAAGGCUGGUGGUCAGAAAUCAGCUCUGACUCAACCGGCAUUGAAGCCCCACCCAAAGUUUCUGAAGAAAUCCCAUGAUGACAGGAAAGCAAGAGACAAAGCCAUGCACCAAGCCAACCUGCGACAUCUCUGCCGCAUCUGCGGGAAUCCUUUCAAAGCUGAUGGGCACAAUAGGAGAUACCCAGUCCACGGGCCUGUGGAUGGUAAAACCCAAGUCCUUUUACGAAAGAAGGAAAAGAGGGCCACGUCCUGGCCAGACCUUAUUGCCAAGGUUUUCCGGAUCGAUGUGAAGGCCGACGUGGACUCGAUUCAUCCCACUGAGUUCUGCCAUAACUGCUGGAGCUUCAUGCACAGGAAGUUUAGCAGUGCCCCGUGUGAGGCUUACUCCCCAAGGAAUGCAACCAUGGAAUGGUCCUCCCACACAACAUCCUGUGACAUCUGCCACACUGCCCGUCAGGGACUCAAGAGGAAGGGUCAUCAGCCAAGCGCGCAGCUCAGCAAAAAACUCAGAACUGUGAUUGACCGAACUCGAGAAGUCCGUCGGCGCAAGAGGAGAGCCCAGGCCAGGAUCAACAACAAGGAACUGAUGAAGAAGAUCGCCAACUGCAGUAAGAUACAUCUCAGUACCCAGCUCCUGGCAGUGGACUUCCCGGCGCACUUUGUGAAAUCUAUCUCCUGCCAAAUUUGUGAACACAUUCUGGCGGACCCUGUAGAGACCAGCUGUAAGCAUGUAUUUUGCAGGAUCUGCAUUCUCAGAUGCCUCAAAGUCAUGGGAAGCUAUUGUCCUUCUUGCCGGUACCCCUGCUUCCCUACUGACCUGGAGAGUCCAGUGAAGUCUUUUCUGAGCAUCUUGAAUACCCUGAUGGUGAAAUGUCCAGCCAAAGAGUGCAAUGAGGAGGUCAGCUUGGAAAAAUAUAAUCACCAUGUCUCAAGCCACAAGGAAUCGAAAGAGACUUUCGUGCAUAUUAAUAAAGGGGGCCGGCCCCGCCAGCAUCUCCUGUCCCUGACCCGGAGGGCUCAGAAGCACCGUCUGAGGGAGCUCAAGCUGCAAGUCAAGGCUUUCGCUGACAAAGAAGAAGGUGGAGAUGUGAAGUCAGUGUGCCUGACCUUGUUCCUGCUGGCUCUGAGGGCAAGGAAUGAGCACAGACAAGCCGACGAGCUGGAGGCCAUCAUGCAGGGACGGGGCUCCGGCCUGCAGCCGGCUGUUUGCUUGGCCAUCCGUGUCAACACCUUCCUCAGCUGCAGCCAGUACCACAAGAUGUACAGGACUGUGAAGGCCAUCACGGGGAGGCAGAUUUUCCAGCCUUUGCAUGCCCUUCGGACUGCUGAGAAGGCCCUUCUGCCGGGCUACCACCCCUUUGAGUGGCAGCCACCUCUGAAGAACGUGUCUUCCAGCACUGACGUGGGCAUUAUUGAUGGGUUGUCCGGACUGUCCUCCUCUGUGGACGAUUACCCGGUGGACACCAUCGCCAAGCGCUUCCGCUAUGAUUCAGCUUUGGUGUCUGCUCUGAUGGACAUGGAAGAAGACAUCCUGGCGGGCAUGAGAGACCAAGACUUUGACGACUACCUGAAUGGCCCCUUCACUGUAGUGGUGAAGGAGUCUUGUGAUGGGAUGGGAGACGUGGGCGAGAAGCACGGCAGUGGGCCAGCAGUUCCGGAAAAGGCAGUUCGGUUUUCCUUCACGAUCAUGAAAAUCACCAUCGCUCAUGGGUCACAGAAUGUGAAGGUGUUUGAGGAAGCCAAGCCUAACUCUGAACUGUGUUGCAAGCCCUUGUGCCUCAUGCUGGCAGAUGAGUCUGACCACGAGACCCUGACGGCCAUCCUGAGCCCUCUCAUUGCCGAGAGGGAGGCCAUGAAGAGCAGCAAAUUAAUGCUUGAGAUGGGAGGCAUCCUCCGGACUUUCAAGUUCAUCUUUAGGGGCACCGGGUAUGAUGAGAAACUUGUCCGGGAAGUGGAAGGCCUCGAGGCUUCGGGCUCAGUCUACAUUUGUACCCUUUGUGAUGCCACCCGCCUGGAAGCCUCUCAAAAUCUUGUCUUCCACUCCAUCACCAGAAGCCACGUUGAUAAUCUGGAGCGCUAUGAGGUCUGGCGUUCCAACCCAUACCACGAGACGGUGGAGGAACUGCGGGACCGGGUGAAGGGGGUCUCGGCCAAACCCUUCAUUGAGACGGUCCCUUCCAUAGAUGCACUCCACUGCGACAUCGGCAACGCAGCUGAGUUCUACAAGAUUUUCCAGCUGGAGAUAGGGGAGGUGUAUAAGAACCCCAGUGCCUCCAAAGAGGAGAGGAAAAGAUGGCAGGCUGCCUUGGACAAGCACCUCCGGAAGAAGAUGAACCUGAAACCAAUCAUGAGGAUGAAUGGCAACUUUGCCAGGAAGCUCAUGACCAAAGAGACGGUUGAAGCAGUUUGUGAAUUAAUUCCCUCCGAGGAGAGGCACGAAGCUCUGAGGGAACUAAUGGACCUUUAUUUGAAGAUGAAACCCGUCUGGCGAUCAUCAUGCCCUGCUAAGGAGUGUCCAGAAUCCCUCUGCCAGUAUAGUUUCAAUUCACAGCGUUUUGCUGAGCUCCUCUCUACCAAGUUCAAGUAUAGAUACGAGGGCAAAAUCACCAAUUAUUUUCACAAAACCCUGGCUCACGUCCCUGAAAUUAUUGAGAGGGAUGGCUCCAUUGGGGCCUGGGCAAGCGAGGGAAAUGAGUCUGGCAACAAACUGUUCAGGCGCUUCCGGAAAAUGAAUGCCAGGCAGUCCAAGUACUACGAAAUGGAAGAUGUCUUGAAACAUCACUGGUUGUAUACCUCCAAAUACCUGCAGAAGUUUAUGAAUGCUCAUAAUGCAUUGAAAACUUCAGGGUUUACCAUAAACUCACAGGGAAGCUUAGGGGACUCAUUAAACCUAGAGGACUCUCCAGAACUUCAAGAUUCAAUGGAAUUUUAA